CUCAGUGUCUGCAGUGACUAUGACCUGCGGCUACAAUCCAAAUUCAACAUGGCUGCUCGACAAGGACUUUACGUAAUUUCUAGGAUAUCGCGAGGGAUACAUACGUCUUGCAGGAGACAGUUCUUGAUUCCUAUGGUGAUCGAACAAACGGGAAGAGGUGAAAGAGCCUAUGACAUAUUUUCCCGUCUUCUGAAAGAGCGAAUAGUGUGUGUUAUGGGUCCUAUAUCAGAUGAGUUGUCAAGUCUUGUUGUGGCUCAGCUAUUAUUUCUACAGUCUGAGAAUGAUAGAACUCCUGUUCAUAUGUACAUCAACAGUCCAGGUGGGUCAGUUACAGCAGGAUUAGCCAUCUAUGACACAAUGCAGUAUAUUCAACCUCCUAUCUCCACAUGGUGUAUGGGGCAAGCUUGCAGCAUGGGUUCUCUGCUUUUAACUGCAGGAAGCCCAGGUUUGAGACAUGCUUUACCACAUGCUCGGGUUAUGGUGCAUCAACCACAUGGAGGAGCACGGGGCCAAGCCACAGAUAUAGCCAUUCAAGCAGAGGAAAUUCUUAAGCUCAAGACACUCCUAAAUAAGAUCUAUGUUAAACACACGGGUCAGCCUCUUGAUGAAAUAGAAAAAGCGCUGGAACGGGACAAGUUUAUGUCACCUGAGGAAGCUAAAGAGUUUGGUUUGAUUGACAGAGUGUUGUCUCACCCUCCACCUACGGAUAAUUCUUUGCCGACUGAUGAUACAGCCGAAAGCUCAUGAUGCUUAUAGGAUCUAAAGUUAGGACGUUGAAAAUUUCUUUUUACCAACGCUUCAAGACACUCAAGGACCCAGUUACAAAUAUAACUUUAAUGAUGCAAUAAGUGGGUAUUAAACUCGUGUGCAAUGUUUCCAAUAUUGACAAAAAGGCUCCCUGUCAUCAACGACAUUAUCUCUAGUGACUGCUUUGUUUAAUGCUGUCAAGUUACAGCAAGAUCUCUUUUUUCGCUCAGGUUUGUUUCAAAGCCAUAGGUCUUGAGGGAUUUAUGAACAAAAUGUGGACUAAUAGCACACUAAACGUUUUUUGAAGAAUGAUCCAAACUACUUGUCGUACUUGAACACAAGCUUAGUUUGACCGCUUUCUACACCAGGGAUCUUUUCGUAGGUCAGCUUACGCCGUUUUGAGGACAGGUACGAAGGGAAGACAGACCAUUUAUCAGGAUCUAAUAGAUUCAAUAAACACAAGUUAUUCUUCA